CCACAAUGCAAUGCGACUCGGUGCAGCGUUGCGUUUCCUGUUAGCUGGACGAAGAUAGCGGACGAGCGGUCGACAAAAUUACUGAUGUAUUAUUGUAAAAUCGUUGUAUAAUUGUUAAGGAACGCGCUUCUCUGAGGACUCUAAAGGUCGAUAUAUUGGACACGAAAUGAUUCGCUUCAUCCUCAUUCAGAACCGAGCAGGAAAGACCAGAUUGGCCAAGUGGUACAUGCAGUUUGAUGAUGAUGAAAAGCAGAAGUUGAUUGAGGAAGUCCAUGCUGUGGUAACUGUCAGGGAUGCCAAGCACACCAACUUUGUGGAGUUCCGAAACUUCAAGAUCAUUUACCGGCGUUAUGCAGGUCUAUACUUCUGCAUUUGUGUGGACGUGACUGAUAACAACUUGGCAUACCUCGAGGGAAUCCACAAUUUUGUGGAGGUGCUGAAUGAGUAUUUUCACAACGUGUGUGAAUUGGACCUUGUGUUCAACUUCUACAAGGUGUACACGGUGGUGGAUGAGAUGUUCCUUGCAGGAGAAAUCAGGGAAACAAGCCAAACAAAGGUCCUGAAGCAGCUACUGAUGCUCCAGUCACUCGAGUAGUACAGCCACACUCUUCCUUCCUGCUCACUCAUCUGCUGUCCUGGCACUUAUACCAUCCUGCUCCUUGUUCCUGUCAUUCUGAAGAGGACCCCAUAUGCAUUUCCAAUUCUUACAGAGCUGCAGAUGGGGAGGUUUUAGAAAUAAACAAUAUUGUUUACAUAUGGCUAUAUAAUAGAAAAGAGUAAUUAUGCUUACUUUGUCUAUGUAAUUACAAUAUUCUGUACAACAACUAAAAAGGCAGGACAUUUCAACAUGUUGACAUUUCAGAUGUUGUCUGACCUUUUAUAUGUGUUCCCUUACCACAAAGCCAGAGGCUGGAGUAAUGAUUUCCUCCAAUGUAGUAACUAUUGAGUCUUUAUCUUUAUACAUGAAUUUAUCAACUCACUGCUGUCCCCUCCCCUCAUUAACUUCUACAUCCAUUUAAUAGCACUAAGCUUACUAACAAGCACCAUGUAUAAAGAGAGACCACCUAGAAACAAUCCACAUGCAUUGAACUCAGCAGCUUCGCGGGCAUCUCUGUAGAGCUGCACAUGGAAAGACCUCGCAAGCACUGUGCUAUAACUAAUGGCUACUUUGCAUCUGGAUCACAAUACAAGCAACUACAGUACAACUAGAAGGUCCUACAGAACAAUUGACCCAGCACUGCAAGUUCACAGUUGAAUGGAGUGCACUUAGAAUGAGUGUGAUUCUGACGCCGUGUUAUGACGACCUGCGCUGCGUCAGGCAUCCUCACAGCGGAUGGUGGUAAACAGUGAGGGCUGUUCUAGCUCAGAUAGCUGCUGCCAUCAUUACCCGGGAUCAUUUGAUGCACCUCGUUACACUAAAUGUGCUUGUUGGUCACGCAACCCAUUAAGCACUGUACGCAGACAAAGACAUGGAAGUGCAAGGUGUAUUUUACAUAAAGCAGUACUGUGAAGUUUGCAGUGUACGGUCCUUAUAGUGUGUGUCACAUGAGCUAAGUGUUGUGAAAUUCACAAACAUUCCAGUAAAAGUGGUUCUAGCUCACAGUAGGUUUUCAUUAGGAUUCUCAAAUGACUGCAUAAAAUAAAUCUGCUUAUACAUUCUUCUAAUCUUCUAACUUUGAAAAAAGGCCUAUUUUAUUCAUGUAUCUCCUUGCUGGUGUCAUAAAUGUCAGUUUUAAACAUAUCUGCUCAUAAAGGUGGAUUCAAAUGUUUUUAUUUUUAUUAGGUAUCAGUGAAGUAUCCCUCCCAUUCUUCUGUGUUUUUUAAAGGAAGGUGUGUUUGUUUGUAUUACUCUCCAGAUACCCACAUUAGUGUCCUAUUAUAUGUAAAUAAUAAAGUAAACAGAUGACGUGAUA